GGUCUGGAUACUUGUGGUUUUUAUAUUUAAUAAAUUAGCAAAAAUGUCAACCUGUAAAAAUAUAUUUUAGAAUAAGGCUGUAACAAUGUGGAAAAGUCAAGGGAUCUGAAUACUCUGAAAGCCCUGUGUAGUGUAUGUUAAGGACUAUCAAAGAUGUUUAGAAAAUAAAUAUUGGUAGAAAGUGAUAAAGCGAAAUAAAUGGUCUACACCAAUACCCACAUGCACCUGAUAAUAAACAAAGCAAUGAGUGCUCUAAACAGCUGACUGCAAACAAUGAUGAAGGAAUAGACUUUUGAAGGGAGCAUGGCAAACAAAUUGUGAAAAUGAGCAAGUAGCCUACAAAGGGAAAUCCAUGUGUUUAAAGGACUGCAGUUGAGGCCUAAAUUCAGCACUACUGAGUGGACAGGAAGAGAGGUGUGGGUGUUUGGAAGAUUUUAUUUCAAUAUUUACCACUGUAAAACAUAUUUACCACUACAUUUGUAACAAAUAGAAGGGUUAAAUUAGCAUUAUUUAGAUAACCCAAAGUUGGACCUUUUUGCAUUUAGGGGAGCUGAGGCCCCGUGUAAUUCACACCCUGAUUUUUAUGACACUUUUAUUGUUGGUGUUAUGACAUGGUGUUGUAAAAAUUGGCCUUCACUCUCUGCCUUGUCUAUUGUCUUUAUCUUCAUGUGCUCGAUAAUGCGCUGAUGCAUUUGUUUCUUGUGUGUGUGUUACAGCAAUCAGGAACCUUGUUUUACCUUUGUGUUAAUCAUUAGCAGCUGAAGACUGCUGUUGAAAGAACAGUUAGGAUGAUGAAUACAGAAUGAUAAUGAGACUUGACUCCUUCCUCAUAUUGUAAGUCAAAGGACAAAGUAGCAGUUAUGUUUGGGUUCUGAUUAUGUAAUGGACAACACCUGAUUUCAGAAACACUGUGUGGAAUUCAGUUUGCUUGAUGCAUGUUAAGUUAGGACUGAGUUUGACACACACACACACACACACACACACACACUGCUCAUGUGAUGUCAAUUACCUCGGUAGACACUGUGGGGGCGUGGUGGAAACAGAGGCCCAAAGUCUGCCCUUUCAAAAGUGCAGAAGUAGGACGAACCCACUUUGUCUGACUGACAACUCUCUGCUCCAAUCGAUACCGUAACAAUCUUUGGAUACCCUAUCGUAUAGUUGUUGGUGUGUAGCGGCACUCAUUUCAUCAGAAUGUAAAAUAAAAAUCCAAGUAGCGGGAUAAGUAUCAAUGGGUGGUAAACUGUUUGUCUACUACUGUAUAACAGAGUACAACAGUUUCAAGUUAUAAGAACAGGGCAUCUGAAUAGUUUUACACUUUCUUUCGCUGCUGUGCCUCAGGUGACUUUUACUAGAACCGACAUUCCAGAAGUGACAGGGUGGAUGCGCUGCACUCGAUCCCUGUUUAAUAAAUCCAGACUCUACAACAAGGUGUUGGCCCUGUCCCCCCCAACAAGUGAUGUUUGCCAAGGCGACCGCAAACUUUGUCCGUCAGAUCGACCCGGAUGGAACUCUGAUCUCUGUCUCACGCCUUAACGACUCAGACAAAUUGGUUCCCAUGGCACUGGUCGUCAAGCGCAACCGUUUCUGGUUCUGGCAACAGCCCAAGUACCAGCCCUCUGGCUUCACACUCAGUCACCUGUUGUUAGGAGACAAAGAACUCACUCCAGACGUGUCUGAGUCAGACUUCCUGUCCUAUGAGGGUAGGUUUGGAGACAACCUGAGUGGGAAGCUGGAUGCCAAGGCUGGGAACGUCAGUGUCAACUUGGAGGGGAGGGGCUCCUCCAGGCUCCAAUCAUCAUUCGGCAAACUGAAGAAACAGGAUGUUGAUAUACAGAAGCUACUGCUAGCCUCCAAUGACAGGAUGGUGGACAUGCAGCAUAUUCUAGUGCAGCAGUGUCAGAAGCAUACGGAGGUGUUUGCUGUAUUGAAGGAGAGGGUCCUAACCACCAUCCCCUGCUCCAUCUCAGAACAGGUCCAGGAACAGGGCACCUGCCAGAGGGUUCUGGGAUUACUGGGCAACCUGGGGACACAUGCAUUAUUAAAUGAGAAUGGCAGUAUAGAGAUGGACAGUGACAUUUCCUUGGAGAUUCCCCCUCUCACUGUCAUCGCCUACAGCCUCAUAGAGCUAGAGGUCAGGAAAGAUGGACACUAUGAGCUGUGUCUCCAGCAUGGUACUCUUGGAGGAUUCGAGGCAGACUCUGGGAGGACCUCGCCGUCCCAGGAUUCCUUUGAUGCCCUGUGUGUAGUGGACGGGCUGGAGUGGACGGAGAAGGAGAUUCCUGAAGGAGCACCACUCAGCACACUGCAGAAAAUUUUGCAGGGGUUGGACUUGGAGGUCUAUGCAGGUCAGUUAGCGGUUCUCCCAGAGUUGACCCGGUUCGCUCUGUUACAAAAACUCCGGGAGGUUCUAGUGGACAGAACCACACUCUCGGUUCUGGAACACAUGUUGGAGGGGUUGUGUAGAGGUGAGGAACCUGACCCUGCAGAGGUAAAGCAAUUAACUGUGACUCAAAACAAAUCUGUUUUCGCCCUAUUGGACCUGGUCCAGAAAGGCCCAACCAAUGAGAUACAGGCUGACAGAGCCUCCGCCUCCCCUCACCUGACCGCCACUCACCUGCUGGUCAGCGCCUUGGAGGCGUUGCCUAAAGCUGCUCUGACUCUGCUGGGAGAAUCUAGCCCUGAUGUCCUGGAAGCUCUCAACACUCUGGUGACCAAGCUAAAGGUAAACAGUCAGUCCCUCCCCCUUGAGUCGCUGCCCCUCCCCCUACAGGAUGAAGGGGCAUUCCAUUGGGCAGAGCAGCUCCUCUUCUCCUCCAAAGUGACGCUGCGGAGAGAGACUGACAGGCUUUGGGCGGAGACAGGAAGAAAGCCAGGAGUUUUUCCAUUGGUCAUGUGCAUCGCUGUGCAAGGACUUACAUCUCUGUAUACUGGGAAAGAGUAGCGGGCAUAGAUAGAUGGAUGGGUGACCAUGAUUGACAGAGGAAGAACAAUGAUUCCAAGCACCACCCUCCUUUUGAAGCUAUCAGUCUGUUAUUCGAACUCAAUCAGCAUGACAGAGUGAUCUCCAGCCUUGUCCUCGUUAACACUCACACCUGUGUUAACGAGAGAAUCACUGACAUGAUGUCAGCUGGUCCUUUUGUGGCAGGGCUGAAAUGCAGUGGAAAUGUUUUGGGGGGAUUCAGUUCAUGGCAAAGAGGGACUUUGCAAUUCAUUGCAAUUCAUCUGAUCACUCUUCAUAACAUUCUGGAGUAUCUGCAAAUUGCCAUCAUACAAACUGAGGCAGCAGACUUUGGGAAAAUGUAUAUUUGUCAUUCUCAAAUCUUUUGGCCACGACUGUACACUCAAUGAAUUAUGUAUUUUUGGAGACACUUACAAAAAGCUGUAAGAGAAUCUACUCCAGAAUAUGAAAGUAAGACUUGUUUUCAGAAACUUUGUGUUUGGAAAGAAAUUGUAAACCGAAGUCAUUUGUGAUUGAGUCGACAUACGCAGCGUUUACCGUGAACGGCGUCUCCGCUAAAGCAGGAAAAUUGCCUUAAAAUGUUAAUCAUGCUGUAAAGCUGAACUUAUGCAAUGCGGAUUGAAUAGAGCCCUCACAGUAUAUUACCUCUACAUUUAAUGUAGAAGUGUUUAUAAAUAUAUUAUAUUCUUGUUUACAAUAAAAGUGACUCAAAUGACACAAUGCAUCAUUUUGUACUGAAGAAUGUUUGUUUCAAAUGCUUGUUUUGUUUUUCACGUUUUGUGUUUGCUUUUCAUGUAUUGUGCAAUUGAUGUGUAUAUAGUUACAGGUAACUGCCAAAAUAAAGGAAACAUCAACAUAAAGUGUCUUAAUACAGCAUUGGUCCACUGCAAUCCAGAACAGUUUCAAUGUGCCUUGGCAUAGAUUCUACAAGUGUCUGGAACUCUAUUGGAGGGAUGUGACACCAUUCUUCCACAAGAAAUGUCAUUUUGUGUUUCUGGAGUGGCGCUGUCUCAGGCGCCACUCCAGAAUCUUCCAUAAGGGUUCAAUUGGGUUUAGAUCUGGUGACUGAGAUGGCCAUGGCAUAUAGUUUACAUAGUUCUCAUGCUCAACUAAACAUUCAGUGACCACUCCUGCCCUGUGGAUAGGGGCAUUGUUAUCCUAUGGAGGCAUAGCCAUGGUAGCCUAAAUAUCAUGCAUUGUUAUACAUGACCCUAAGCAUGAUGGGAUGUUAAUUGCUUAAUAAACUCAGGAACCACACCUGUGUGGAAGCACCUGCUUUAAAUAUGCUUUGUAUGCCUGUUUAUAUUAUCUUGGCAGUUACCUGUCUAUUGCCUCUGUAAGACAUCUAGUCAAAGCAUAUUACUAUUUGUGUAAGAUUAUCAGGCUUUUUAAUAAUAUAUCAAUAUGUUGCAUUUCACAGUUCUACGUACUUGCAAUGCUGCCGCUAAACUAUGCAUUCUGUGUUUUUAAUAAAAUGUACUGUAUAUUUAUGAACCAUC